UCCAGAGUGAAAAUCCUUUGGUCGCGGCUGCACAUGGGGAUGAAAAGGGUCUCUCCCCAGGUGGCUAAGAGGGGCUGUUGCCAAGAAGGAACUGGCGGCCUCAUCUCUGGGGCAAGGGCUGCUUCGUCCCCGGCGGCAACUCGCCUCUGGCAAGGCUCCUGUGUCUCCGACAGCCUCGCCUGUCACUUCGCAUCAGCCUCGCCCCUUUGGCCAGCCUCCUCCAAGCCCUUAAUCCGGUGAUCCUCCGGGGUUAUAAAUAUUAAUGCCCACCACGAGCAUCAUCACCACCAGCAGCGCCUUCCCGUCGGGGCUAUAAGCGUCAGAGGACGGCUCAAGUCACUAUGACCUCCGCCACCACUAGUCCCAGCACAUCCUCCACCUCCAGCGAAUGGCCCCCUCACCACCACCACGAAGGAAGGCUGGGGACCCCAUCCAUGCUGGACCUGUUGGCCGAUCUAAGCACCGAAGGGCUUCCCCGACUGGCGGCGGCCCCUUUGGAUCUCUACGCAUUCCCCUCCGGAGCUCCCUUUGGCCAAAGGUCUUCUACUGCCUCCGGAGGACUGCUCCGCAUGGGUGAGGAAGACCCCGAGGUGGAAGAAGAAGACGAGGGGGAGGAGGGGGAGGAGGAAAGAGAACGGGGGGCAGAUGGAGGGCUGAGGAGGGCCGCUUUCCUGGGCAGACCCAAGCGCAAGCGCCUCAUCACGCACACCCAGCGCCAGGCGGCCAACGUGCGGGAGAGGAAGAGGAUGUUCAACCUCAACGAAGCCUUCGACCAGCUGCGCAGGAAGGUGCCCACCUUCGCCUACGAGAAGCGCCUCUCCAGGAUCGAGACGCUGCGCUUGGCUAUCGUCUACAUCUCCUUCAUGACCGAGCUGCUGGAGGGCCGCGGGAGCAGCUAGGGCGAGGCGGGGGCGCCGUCCAUCCAAGGAUGGAGAGCACUCAGAAGCCCAUAGCUGCGCGCUCCCAAGGCAGGCUGGAAGGCGGGAGAGAAGACGCAAGGAGACAUUUCCUUCAGGCUGAAGGCAGCUCCUGAGUCGGUCUUCUCUAGAGAAGCUAAGGAGCGGGCGCACGUCGAGGCCAUAUAACUGGCACUCUUCAGUUAUCACGGCUGACUUGCAACUAAGGACUCCUCUGCCGCUUCUUUUGGACGGGAGAGGAGAUCUGAUGGGAUGAUGCUGCAACUGACAAGGGAAAGGGGUCGUUUGGACCCCCAGUGGGCGACCUGACACGCUUUCUUCCCGAGAGUUGGGAUCCCAGGGCCAUUUGUUUUCAAAGGAGGGAGCCAGAAAAAAAAAUUCUGAGGGGUUGGCACAGAAGGGGCAAAGUAUAUUUCUAGGUGGGUGAGAAAGGAAAAUUUAGCAGCCUUUUAAUUAUAGAAGUGCAGAAAUGGGGGACAAAUGGGGAUUAGCUCCUUGUUUGUGGGGUUUCGCCCCUCUGGCGCCGCCCAACUGGGGGUGCGGUUCCAGGCAAGGAAGGGCGCACUGGACGAAAGUUGGAAAGACAUGGAAUAAAAUCCAGGCGAGGUAGAAGAGGAGAGAGAGGGGAAAUGCUACGGGAUGUGAAAUCAGCAGGUAGCUUGGAACAUUAAUGGGAAGCUGAAAAGGGUUUUUGAUUGAGUUUAGGGGAUGUAAUGGCUGUCGGAAGAAGAGAGUGGAGAUGAGCCGAUGGGGGGGCAAAGGCAUUUCCAGUCACGGGCGUAGCGGGGGGGGGGGAGGAGAGCCACUGCCCCCCUAGAUCAAGUAAAACAAUAAAAAUACUUAACUAACUGACCAAACACGUUGGUUCGGCCCCCUUAACAAAAGCCCUGCCUCUCUUAAUAAAGUCCUGCCCCCC